UUUGCCGCUUCCUUCUUCCUUUUUUGAUCCCGCCAUCCGUGUAAAUAUACCACUACAACUGAAGCAAUUUGUCAACUACUUAUUUGCUGCUUCACUGUACUUGUGGAGCGGAGAGGAGAGAAGGUGCUGUUCCAAUCAUUCCAGAAGGAACUAUUGAGGAAAAAGACUAAUGGCGGAUCUCAGGGCAGCAUUUCUCAAUGUGUAUUCCCAGCUCAAAUCGGAGCUCCUUCAGGACCCUUCUUUCGAGUUCACCGAUGAUUCUCGUCAAUGGGUUGAUCGGAUGCUGGAGUACAAUGUACCCGGAGGGAAACUGAAUCGUGGACUCUCUGUGAUUGAUAGCUACCGCCUGUUGAAAGAAGGAAAGGAAUUGACCCAAGAUGAGAUAUUUCUUGCAAGUGCUCUCGGUUGGUGUAUUGAAUGGCUUCAGGCAUAUUUUCUUGUUCUCGAUGACAUAAUGGAUAACUCUCACACCAGGCGUGGUCAGCCUUGUUGGUUCAGAGUACCCAAGGUUGGUUUGAUUGCUGUAAACGAUGGUGUGCUACUUCGCAAUCACAUCGGCAGGAUUCUGAAAAAUCACUUUCGUGGGAAACCUUACUAUGUAGAUCUGCUAGAUCUAUUCAAUGAGGUGGAGUUUCAAACAGCUUCAGGACAGAUGAUAGAUCUGAUUACAACACUUGAAGGAGAAAAGGAUCUAUCCAAAUACUCAUUGUCUAAGCACCGUCGCAUUGUUCAAUACAAGACUGCCUAUUAUUCAUUUUAUCUUCCUGUUGCGUGUGCACUGGUUUUGGCGGGUGAAAAUCUUGACAAUCACACCGAUGUAAAGAACAUUCUUGUUGACAUGGGAAUCUACUUUCCAGUACAGGAUGACUAUUUGGAUUGCUUUGGCAAUCCUGAGACCAUUGGUAAGAUUGGGACUGAUAUCGAAGAUUUUAAGUGCUCCUGGUUGGUGGUUAAAGCAUUGGAAAUCUGCAAUGAGGAUCAGAAGAAAGUAUUAUAUGAGAACUAUGGGAAACCAGACCAUGCCAACGUUGCUAAAGUGAAGGCUCUAUACAAUGAGCUUAAUCUCAAGGGUGUAUUUGAGGAGUACGAAAGCACAAGCUACAAGAAGCUUGUUACCUCGAUUGAUGCUCAUCCUAGCAAAGCAGUGCAAGCAGUGUUGAAAUCAUUCUUGGCAAAGAUUUACAAGAGGCAGAAAUAGAAUAUGCAGCUUUUGGGAAUGAAGGUGUGUGGGAUAAUGCUCCCACUCGUGUAUUCUAUGCUCAUUUAUUUGUCUUCAAAUGUUAUAAUCAAUCUUCUUGUAAUCUAUUCUGACAAGCAUUUGGUUUCAGAUUUAAACAAAUUAAAUGGAGUUCAUUCCUAGCCGAUUAGAAAGAAGUUUAACAAAAUAGG